AUGAAUUUCUCCCCCUACACUUGGCGUGCAGACGACGGAUAUCUACCUCCACCUGGAAGUAUGCCUGGACCACCGACGGGCUAUACUCCCAUCUAUUGUCCCUGGUACUUUCCGGGUCAACAGGUAUGUCUCCAUCUACAUACCCUUCACCUCAGCAUGCAUGCUUCGGAUAUUAUGGCUGACCUGUUUGCUCUGCUUAGGGUCCGGCGUACUCCUACUUUCCCCCUCCGCCGCCCUACCCAGGUGCUCCCGUCGCCGCCUACCCUCCUCCUCCUCCCCCCAAACCAGCAUCCGCGAAGAAAUCCGACCCCCCAGCUCCACCAAAACCCAAAAUCGAAAAAUGCAUCCUCGAACUCAAGAGUGUUGCCCCGGGCGAGAGCAACACCGGCGGCGGUUCCAAAAGCGCCAAAAGCAGCGACCACAACAAACCCAACAGCAACGCCUGCGGCCCACCCCCUUCUCUCCGUCCGGGCAUGAAUUACAUGUUCUCCAAAGAACACACCAUGCUGCAUAUCUUCAAUAAAGCGAGUAAGGGCAUCUUCGAGGGGAAGUAUAAGGGCCUGCAAUUGCCGUUUAAGAUUUUCAAGGUUUCUACUUCGUUCACGGUCAGGGAUGUUAUUGAGAAGGUUGUGGGGAAGAGCGGUGGUGGGGAGGGGGAGUGUAAGGGGUGGGCUGCGACGGAGGUUGUGGAGGUUGGGUGUGGGGAGUGGUUUAAGGUGAGUUCGGUUCCGUCGUUCUUCAUAUUUGUCUUUUUUCUUUUCUUUUCUUUUUUCAAAAGAGUUGAAGAAGAGUAUUUUUUGGCUAAUGGUGAUGGAAAUCCUUUUUUCCACAGGGCACUACCAUUGAAUAUGAUUCCGACAAGGCCAAGGGUACUCUGGGCAGUAUGGGAUGGGGACCUAAGCGGGGCAAGGCUUUACCGCCGGUUUGGUUGGUUGUUCACAAGGCUUGA